UGCCAAGUUUGGGCCUGUGUUCUUCUCCUGUCCUUAUUUGGUGCUCCAGGUGAUAAGGCUGAGACUUAAUAAUGGGGACUGUGGGCCCCUCGCAGUGACUAGGCUGCUGCAGAGAUGGCCAGCAGGAAGGCGGGGAACCGGGGCAAGGCCACAGCCACCAAGCAGGCCCAACGUGGCUCUUCCAAUGUGUUCUCCAUGUUCGAGCAAGCCCAGAUCCAGGAAUUCAAGGAAGCCUUCAGCUGCAUAGACCAAAACCGCGAUGGCAUCAUCUGCAAGCUGGACCUUCAGGAGACCUACUCCCAGCUGGGGAAGGUGGGUGUCCCUGAGGAGGAGCUGGAUGCCAUGCUGCAGGAGGGGAAGGGCCCCAUUAAUUUCACAGUCUUCCUCACACUCUUUGGUGAAAAGCUGAAUGGGACAGACCCUGAGGAAGCCAUCCUGAGUGCCUUCCGUGUGUUUGACCCCAGCGGCAAGGGCGUGGUGAGCAAGGAGGAGUUCAAGCAGCUUCUCAUGACCCAGGCAGACAAAUUCUCUCUGGCUGAGGUCACGAACUCCAGCCCCAGGCCUCCCUGGCUGGGCUCACCUGGGAGUGGGGCUGCCCCCAGGUGGAGCAGAUGUUUGCCCUGACACCCGUGGACCUGGCAGGAAACAUCGACUACAAGUCCCUCUGCUACAUCAUCACCCACGGGGACGAGAGAGAGGAGUGACCCAGGGGUGGCUGUGACCCAGGGCCAGAUCCUCGGGGACACCCCAAUAAACAUUGUUUCUGAACGAG